AAAAACAGCGCUGUGAAUAAGAACCGAUUUACCAAUCUCCGAUAAACUCGAACGGCCGAUUAUUCUAUUGGAAUUGGCCGGUCGCAUUAGUCCUUCGGAAAUUGACCAAUCACGGUCGGCAUUGAAAAAUUCGAACAAUGUCAGUAGGUUAUUUAGUUCUUCUUAUCCAUCAGCUGAUUCUUCGAGGUCUGUGUGGCAUCUAAAUAGAUCGCUAAACCUUGCGAACUCGCAUGGCCAAAAAGUGCAGACAGAAUGAACAUUGGAAAGGUAAAAAUCGAAGAUUACGACAGUCCUCGUCGUCGUAUGCGAAUUACGAGGAUCUGUCGUCAGAUGAGGAUGUAGGCAAGGACUUCGGCGUUCUCGUGAACGCACCGAUUUCAAAGGGCGGACAUUUCGUCUUCAAAUCAGAGAAGCUCUGGUCCGUCGAUACCUCGCAGUAUUCGGAAUUCUUUACUUUAAAUCUGAGAACAUUGUCGGCCGCGAUCGACUGUAUUCCGUUCAACGAGUGUAUCGACGUGGACGACAAGUAUUUUACAAGCGAUCAGUUAACAAGUAUCCACAAUGACGCCGAGAAAGGAAAGAUAGCUUACAGCGCGAUUUUGAACGACCUGAACGCGUCGAGUGCCGUAUGUCCGAAACCUGAGACGAGCAAAAACACGGAAGACGAUCAAUCGAAGACUUCGAAAUUGACAACAAACACGAAACUACAGUCCGACAGCAGUACUGAUAAUUUGGAGGAAGAUAUAGACUUUUUGUUGUCCCUAAAAGAACCCGUCCAGAGAACCUUGAGAACGACGCAGCCUGUUUCUAUGACUCAGGCUAAUGAUUACAGUAAAAUAAAGCCAAAAGAUGCAUCAACCAAGCCACUAGACCUGGAGAAGUGGCUAGAUUCUGUCUUGGAAGAUUGACAUUUUUUUCUGUGAUGAAC